CUUAAGAGACUUACUGGGACUUGGACACAUCUUCGAUUCUUGAACCAUAUUUGCCCGCCAGUCUAUAAACCCAUCAUUCCCGUAUACAAGGAAUCUACGCCUCAAAGCCGUGUUUUGAGUCCCGACCGUCAAUCUAUCCGACCCAUUUAUCAAAAUGCAUUCAUUUCCCCGAAUUGUGGUGCGAGAUGACAAGAGCGACAACGGUGAUGGACUCUCUCCUGCCAUGGUCGAUCUUCUGAUCUCUCUGUUGGUGCUUGUUUUGCUUGGUCUUGCUCUUGUCGGCGCCCUUCUAGUUCUACGUCGCAAGCGUUUGAAUCGACAGUCACAACUUCCUAUCCACAAUGGACAGUGCGCCACCCACCACCACCGCAGCCUUACUAUCACGGCAACACCGUAUGGAAAAAACGAAUCCGUAUUUGUUUAUGAUGAGAAGCGCAGCCUGAUGGAGAACUCGUCGAGCCCGCCUCCCAGCCCUGUUCCUGAGAUUCGAAUCACAUUCCCAGAGGAGGAAGACGAAUCGGGUAAACGCAAGUCGGGUAGAGUCGUGGUGGUGAGGAUUAGCGAAGCUGGUGGUGUUGGCCUUGAGCCUUACCACGAGGAACUUCCGCCCUACCAGUCCAGCGAUGCCGAACGUUUCCAGUCCUUGGAUAUCGAGCGCAUGGGCGGACUGAAGGAGAAGGAUGAUCUCAAGCGAUAUUCUUAAAGGACUAUGCAGCCGUGCCAUUCGGAUUUGUGUUUUAAUCGACUACAU